CACAGGCGCCGGGUCCUGCGGCCUCCUCCCGGACAAAAGGGCGUAGGGAAGCGAAGCCGCCUGGGCAGUAAGGCUGUGGAAAGCGAGGGCAGGCGGUCUCGGUUGUGAAUAUUUUCUGAUUUUUCCAGAAAUCAAGCAGAAGAUUGAGCUGCUGAUGUCAGUUAACUCUGAGAAGUCGUCCUCUUCAGAAAGGCCAGAGCCUCAGCAGAAAGCUCCCUCUGCACCGCCACCUCCACCACCACCCCCUCCGCCGCCCCUGCCGGAGCCCACCCCACCAGAGCCAGAGGAGGAGAUCUUGGGCUCUGAUGAUGAGGAGCAAGAGGAUCCCGCAGAUUACUGUAAAGGAGGCUAUCAUCCAGUGAAAAUUGGUGAUCUUUUCAAUGGCCGGUACCAUGUUAUUAGAAAGUUAGGAUGGGGACACUUCUCUACAGUCUGGCUAUGCUGGGAUAUGCAGGGGAAAAGGUUUGUUGCAAUGAAAGUUGUAAAAAGUGCCCAACAUUAUACAGAGACAGCCUUGGAUGAAAUAAAGUUGCUCAAAUGUGUUCGUGAAAGUGACCCUAAUGAUCCCAACAAGGAUAUGGUUGUGCAGCUGAUUGAUGACUUCAAAAUUUCUGGAAUGAAUGGAAUUCAUGUCUGUAUGGUCUUCGAAGUACUUGGACAUCAUCUCCUGAAAUGGAUAAUCAAAUCCAAUUAUCAAGGCCUUCCCAUUCGUUGUGUAAAAAGUAUAAUUCGACAGGUACUUCAAGGUCUAGAUUAUCUACACAGCAAGUGCAAGAUCAUUCAUACGGAUAUAAAGCCAGAAAACAUUUUGAUGUGCGUGGAUGAUGCCUAUGUUCGUAGAAUGGCUGCUGAAGCUACUGAGUGGCAGAAAGCUGGUGCUCCUCCCCCCUCUGGCUCAGCAGUGAGUACAGCUCCACAACAAAAGCCUGUUGGAAAAAUAUCCAAAAACAAAAAGAAAAAACUGAAGAAAAAACAGAAGAGGCAAGCAGAACUGUUAGAGAAACGCCUGCAGGAAAUAGAAGAACUAGAGCGAGAAGCUGAAAGGAAAAAAAUAGAAGAAAAUGUAACCUCAUCUGUACCAUCAAAUGAACAAGAAGAUGAGUACCACCCAGAGGUGAAACUAAAAACAGCUGAUAUAGAAGAGGUAGUAGAUGAAGAACCGGGAAAUGAUGAUGGUGAAGCAGACGAUCAGGAUGAAAAAGAAGACACAGAGAAAGAAAACACUGAGAAAGAUGACGAUGUUGAGCAGGAACUUGUCAACACUGACCCUACAGACCCUAAGUGGAUAGAAUCCCCCAAAACAAACGGCCAUAUUGUGAACGGCCCGUUCCUGUUGGAACAACAGAUUGAAGAUGAAGACGAGGAAGAGGAAGAAUGUCCAAAUGCAGAGGAGUAUAGUCUUGAUGAGCCAAAUGCAAAAAGCGAUUAUUCUUAUAGCAGCUCCUAUGAACAGUUUAAUGGUGAAUUGCCAAAUGGACGUCAUAAAAUUCCUGAGUCACAGUUCUCUGAAUUUUCAGCUUCAGUGUUCUCUGGGGCUCUAGAGUCUGUAGCUUGUGGUUCUGCUGUUUCUGAAGGAUCAACUGUAACCGAAAGAGAGGAGAGCAGCCCAUCUCACGACAGGAGCAGAACAGUUUCAGCUUCAAGCACUGGGGAUUUGCCAAAAACAAAAACUCGUGCUGCUGACUUACUGGUGAAUCCACUGGACCCAAGAAAUGCAGAUAAAAUUAGAGUUAAAAUUGCUGACCUGGGGAAUGCCUGCUGGGUACAUAAACACUUCACAGAAGACAUCCAGACAAGACAAUAUAGAUCCAUAGAGGUUUUAAUAGGAGCAGGUUACAGUACACCUGCUGAUAUCUGGAGUACAGCAUGUAUGGCUUUUGAGCUAGCGACUGGAGAUUAUUUGUUUGAACCACACUCUGGUGAAGACUAUUCCAGGGAUGAAGACCACAUAGCACACAUCAUAGAGCUGCUAGGCAAUAUCCCAAGGCACUUUGCUCUAUCUGGAAAAUAUUCUCGGGAAUUCUUCAAUCGCAGAGGAGAGCUCCGACACAUUACCAAGCUGAAACCUUGGAGUCUCUUUGAUGUGCUUGUGGAGAAGUACGGUUGGCCUCAUGAAGAUGCUGCACAGUUUACAGAUUUCCUGAUCCCCAUGCUAGAAAUGGUCCCAGAGAAGCGUGCUUCAGCUGGAGAAUGCCUUCGGCAUCCGUGGCUGAAUUCUUAGCAGUCUCUCCCAGCUGUAAAAUAAAAGCCAGCAACCACUUCCCAAUGCAUUGGACCUAAGCGGUGACUGUCACCAGUUCUUUAGCAGGAUCACACGUGAGCUGGCUUCAAUCCUCAGACCUUUAUUUUGCUUGAGGUACUGUUUGACAUUUUGCUUUUGUGCACUGUGUUCUUGGGGAAGGGUGGUCUUUCUGUCUUCAGCUAGUAGUUUACUCACCCACUUUCUUCAGAAAACACUUACCGUGUCUUUAAGCAUUGUUUCUUGUGUUGUGUGGCAUUCAGAUGUCAGAUUUUGGAACAAAGGAAACUUCCCCCCCAUGUGUUUUGGCAAGUUUUUUAACUAUUUAUGAAAAAAAAAAAAGAAAAAAAAUAUUUUAGCUGAUGCAUAUUAUAUAAUUUACAAGUGUAAGAAAUUUAUCAAGUCAGAACCGAGUUACGGCGAUGAAUUGUACAAUUUUAUCUGCUGGCAAAGGGACGUCAUCCUUGUAUUAUAGUGUAUGUAAAUGCACCCUGUAAAUGUUUAUUUCCAUUUAAAUAUGGGACUGGGGACUCAAUUUCAGAGUAAAGCGACUUAAGUUUUAGAGAGCUUUCUAGCAAACCAAUUGCAUGUAGUGGACUUCAAACUGCUUUAAGGAAUUGUGCAAACUUUCUAUUCUGUAGCAGUUCCCAUUCAUUGGAUUUCCAACAAAGUGGCUCUGGUUUACAGGAUUUCAUUCCCCAAACGGCACUUUAAAGGAAGGCUGGACUUCUUUCUAAUACAGUAUGCAUUGUCAUUUAGCACUCCCUUUUAGAACUUUUGCCUAUUUUAAGUGCUUUUAAGAAAAGGAAACUAGCGAUUUCCCUUCCAGUGUGAUAGUGAAGACAUGGUACCAUAUGGUGUUGCCUUUUUAUAAGCACUGUAAGUUGUACUAUACCUUAAGAAAAAAAAACAACCAGUAAUUAAAAGUAGAGCAUGAGAACCACUCUCUGUGUAGAAUUACUGAUCUUUUAUAAUAAAAGUGUGUGCUUGGCAUCAGGUAAGGAAGGAUAGAGCUGCCAAUAUUUACGGUGCAGUGGGCAACGUAGUCCAAGAAGCGAGCUCAUGCUCAUUCCAUUCACAGCUUUACAUGUUUCUAAACCAAAUUGCACUAGCUUUGUUCUCUGCCAUGAGCAGACGUACAACGAGGACCCAUUGUAAGUUGCACGCAACAAUUACGUGUUUCCUAGGACACGAAAAGGCUGCAUAGGCUGAAGCUCACAGGCAAUACAGGUUUUGGAAUGUACAGGGAGGAGGAGGUGUGGUUUGGCCUCUCUCUAGAAGUCGGUGGGAUGAAUGUAAGGUGACUCCUGACCUUCAUGUAACUACGGUGCCACUUUUUUCUUGACUUUGUCCAUAUGAAACUUAUUCACAUGCCUUUGCAAUAACUAGAUUGUGAGAAGAUCGCCCCAUGCUGUAACAAUAACCCAUUGUUUGAGGUGCUUGCAGUUGUCUAAUUAAAGUGUUUUGUUUUUUCA